AUGUGGAAAGAUAAUGAUAUCCAUGCACUAAACUCUUCAAGUGAAACACUUCUGCAUGUUGCAGCCACUAACGGACACCUAACGAUUCUGGAAGAUUUGAUCAACAAAGGUGGAAAGGCAGAUGUGAAGGACAAGAAAGGAAGAACAGCGCUGGACAGGGCUGCUGAGAAAGGACACGCUCUUAAAGAUGAGAGCGGUUUGGCAAGAAUGCUUUUAAAGGCUGGUGCUUCCACGGAUGGAAAGGGUGAAAGAGGACAGACUGCUCUCAGUUAUGCUGUUUCUCAGGGGUUUGAAAAUACUACAGGAGUACUGCUAGAAGCCAAAGCCAGUACUGAUUCCAACCUGGCUGAAAGAGCCUUCAACAGCAACCACCCAUCCAUCUUCAAAAUACUACUAGAACAUUCUAAAGAUCUGUCACCUGACGUAACAGAGCCUGCUCUUUUUAGAGCUGUACAAAAAAAUCUGCCUGCUGUUGUAGCAGCUUUACUUGACAGAGGUGCAGAUAUAAACGCCUGCAAUGAAAGGCAGUACACCCCUUUACUCCUGGCGUGUGAAACGGGCAAAGCUGAAUCAGCAGAAGUCCUCAUGGAAGAGGGAGCAAACCUGGGAAUAAAGACUCCCAGUUCAGACACAGCUCUGCACUUGGCAGUUCAAGCUGGGGCUGCUUCCAUUGCAAAUCUUCUGCUGUGCAAAGGGAUGGGACUUAACUUCGUGAACCAAGCUGAUGAAACCCCGCUCCACGUUGCUGCUCUCCAUAAUAAAGGAGCAUUAGUUGGCCUUUUUGUUAAUGCUGGGGCCAAAAUUAAUGCUGUCACUAAGGAGUUUGUUACUCCCCUGCAUAUUGCAAGUCAAAGAGGAAACACAGAUGCAGCCCAACAGCUGCUGCACCACAAAGCCCAUGUUAAUGUGAAGGAUGCACAGUCAAAACCACCUUUACAUCUUGCUGCUGAAAGGGGAGACAAAACCAUGGUGGAGAUGGUUCUGAACGCUAAAGCUGACCCCAACACAAAAGACAAGGAGAAAAAGACUCCCCUGCAUGCUGCAGCUGCGAGAGAACAUCUCCGUAUCCUGUUAGCUAACAAUGGGAGGUUUGGGGCUAAGGACAUGGACAGAUGUACUCCCAUGCACUAUGCAAACGCCAAAGGAAACUCAGAGAUCGUCAAAUUUCUUCUGGUAGCAGGGAAAAAUAAAAACAUUGAUGACAGAAACACUUGGAGAAAGACCGCACUCCAUAUUGCUGCAGAAUAUGGACACAGUGAGCUGAUAAAUCUGCUACUGAGCCGCGGGGCUGCCAUCAAUGCCUCAGACAGCAGCAGGGACACCCUGUGGCAGCGUGCCUGCGAGGCCAGUCACCUUAACACUGUGAACUCCCUCAUGAACUGGGUACAAGGAGAAAAAGCAAAUCUACUCGCUGCUAAGUCUCAGGAAGACCCCACUGCAAGUAGAAUUUAA